AUGGCUACUCUUCAUCCCCCCAGCCCUAGCCCAUCUCCGGGUCCUACGGGCAAUGCGGGAACUCGUUCUCCCAAUUUCCGUGCCUCCAUGGGUCCCUCUGCGCGUCCUGUUGGCUCGCAGGGUUUGCCGCCCGCCUCUCCUCGCCCGGGCGGGGUGUCGGGUGCCGGAAGACCUACAAGCGAGCUUUUGGGUAGUGCUGGCAUGUUCCAGACUCCAGAAGCUGAGGCUAUCGAUCAAUGGUUUGAAACCUUCCAAAACUAUGAGGCAACACUGGAAGAGAUGGCUGCUGCAUCUUUAGACGCAAAUUUCAAGGAGGAACUGAGCGCCAUCGAACAAUGGUUCAAAGUACUUUCAGAGGCAGAGCGCACAGCCGCUCUCUACAGUCUUUUGCAACAUUCUACCCAGGUCCAAAUUCGGUUCUUUAUCACCGUACUGCAGCAAAUGGCUCGCUCCGAUCCUAUGACGGCGCUUCUCAGCCCCGCUGUUGGAGGCUCGAUGCAGAGUCAGAUGGAGGCUAAGCUGGCGACUUUGAGUCUGAAAUCGCCGGCCUUGAAACAAGGCCUGCCGGCGUCACCUACAGCUCGCAACUUCUCGGGUAAUCGACCUUCGCUGGGCCUCGACUCCCCUAUCAGUGGAUUCCUGUCUCCGGACGCUGCUAAUGUGUCUGCUGGAGGUCAUGACCCUGCUGCGACUCUCGCUCAGCAGCGUGCCAAAUUGAAGGCGAGCAAUGCUGUUCACCGCAUCUCAGCUCCUGCGCUUGGCACCAGUGUGGAUAGCCGCACGUGGGGAUCGGGAUCAAACCAGCUAGGCCAGGUUGAAGAAAGCGUAUCUUCUCCUGGCCAGGAUAUCAAUCUACCUCCUCCUAAUAGCGCUGCAUCCAGGCCAAAGAGUACCGAUUUCUCGGGCGUCGCCAAUGCUUUCAAAUCGCCCAAAUUGGAUGAUUCGCUGUCUCCUAUGGUCGGCGACAGCUGGGCGAGUAUGGUCAAUACGCCCUUAAUGCCGAUGUUUAAGGAUACCCGCAACGCUCAGCAGAGUCUCGACGCUGCUGCUGCCAAGUUGAACGACUGGACCGCUACCGGCGGAGGAGUCCCUCUCAUAUCUGAUCCCCCUAAAAAGUUCAACCGACUUUCCAAAGGCAGUAGUGGGUUGAGCAAUGGACACAACAACGACAACGACGACGGCAGCACCGGUAGCCAGGGUAAUCAUCAGCAGCAUGGGCACCGUAACGUCUCUGGUGGUAUAAGGAAUGCCAGCGGGGCUGGCAAUGGAAUUGGAGGACAAGGUCGAUGGAACAAUAAUCCGAGCCCGGGGCUCAACGCUUCAGGCAGGCUUAACGACGAAGCAAACCUUAAUGGUUUGGGUAUGGCUGGAUUCGGUAUGGGGAUGGGUAGCCCGGGUUUAGGCAUGGGUCUUCCGGGCCCAGGAGGACUCGGCAUGGCUGCAUUUGCGGGCAUGCCUCUCAGCCCGUUCGGCAACAUGUUCAAUAUGUCCAACCUGGCCGCUAUGGGUCUCUCCGCUGAGCAGAUGCUCGCGAUGCAGAUGGCUGCCGCAGGCCAACUAGGUCAAGCGGGCCUGCAGGGCCCAUUUGGAAUGGGCUUGCAUGCGCAGCAGUCCCCAAGUGUUCGCAGUGGGCGCAUGGGCAGUGUGCGCUCGCCGGGCAAGUCCCCCAGCGUGCGCGACUCGAAGAAAGAUGAGGAAGAGGUGGACCCGAAGGUGCUUGAUGAUGUGCCCGCGUGGCUCCGCAGCUUGCGGCUGCACAAGUAUACGCCGAAUUUCGAGGGAAUGUCGUGGAAGGACAUGGUGGCUAUGGACGAGGAAGCACUCGAAGCGAAGGGCGUCGCUGCCCUGGGGGCCAGGAGGAAGAUGCUCAAGACGUUCGAGCUGGUGCGCAAGAAGAUGGGCAUUGACCCUCCGGCGAGCGCGGGUGUGGCGUCUACUACGUCGUCCUAA